CUUUACAUGGAGACUGAGCGUGUUACGCAGCGUGUCACCUUUAUCACACUGAGAGGGAUGACUUGUCACCUGAUGUGUGACAUGGGCGGCAGGGACGCUUAGUCCUGGCAGGUUUCAGGUGUUUAUUUACCCCGCUCAGUGCUUGGCUUUUAACCUCCCUCACUUUAUUCCAGGGGGGAGCUGUGGAUAUAAAUGCGGGGAGAGAUUGGCUGGCACAAAGGCUAUUAUAACCGCUCACCACCAGCUGCACAGCGUGACGGAGGCUGCAGGACGGGUGACAGCCUGAAACACAGCGGCAGAUGGCGGAAUUCAUCGCUGGAGCUCUGGGAGGGGCGUGUGGAGUGAUGGUCGGGUACCCCCUGGAUACCGUGAAGGUGCGAAUUCAGACUCAGACAAACUACACCGGAAUAUGGCACUGCAUCUCUUCUACUUACAAAGUGGAGAAAGUGUCUGGAUUCUUCAAAGGGAUGUCAAUGCCAAUGUCCACCGUGUCCGUCAGCUCAUCGAUUGUUUUUGGGGUGUAUAGGAACUGCCUGUACAAUCUGUGCAAACUGAAAUACGGGACGCCAAACGCCAAACCGUCCAAACUGGAUAUCUUCCUAUCUGGCUAUGCAGCUGGAGGAAUACAGGUCUUGGUGUCAUCGCCUGCAGACAUGGCGAAGGUUCGGCUCCAGACGCAGUGUCUGCUGACUAUAGCCAAGGAGGAAGGGUUCCUUGGGUUAUAUAAAGGCUGCUUCGCUCUUAUGUUCAGAGACUGCCAUUCGUUUGCUACUUACUUCCUCUCGUACGCCGUCUUCCGAGAAUGGUUUGUGCCGCUGCAGCAAAGUCAUUCGGAAUUAUUGGGCAUCCUCCUGGCCGGUGGCCUUGCCGGGGUGGUGGCAUGGGGCAUUGCCACGCCUAUGGAUGUGAUUAAGUCUCGGCUGCAGGUAGAUGGCGUCACACAGCGGAGGUACCGAGGGGUCGUCCACUGCAUCACUGACAGCGUGCGGCAGGAGGGGGUCACGGUCCUCUUUAAGGGAUUGUCGCUGAACUGCCUCAGAGCCUUCCCCGUCAAUAUGGUGGUCUUCCUCACCUAUGAAGCCAUACUAAAGCAAAUCAAACCUUUCUCCACGUGAGGAGCCUCUGUGGACGGACGCUGCUACCAAAGCCCAAAAUAGUGGCCCAAAAGACUUCAUGGUCUCAUGGAUGGUCAGCUGGGACGAGCCAUGGACUGCAGGCACUAAUGACCACACCAGUAAUUAAUUAUAAGGCUUGAGGGGUGUCAGCACCUUCCAAGCAGGGAUCAAUACUGGAGAGGUCCUUGGACUUUCUGUAGGUGGCGGAGAUUUCCCUGGACAUCUAGAAGAUUUUUUAGGCUUAAAGACAACAAUUUAUAAAGGGGAGGAGGAGGAGGAGGAGGAGGAGUAGGAUAUCUUCUCUGCUCUAUUGACCUUGUUGUUCAUAACCACAAUGAGACUUUUUCCAUUUAGUCACAGCAGGGUAGGUCACUCUGGCAGCUGCCACUAGAGGGAGCUCACUGCACACAGAUUUAUACUACUCCCAUUAAGUUCAAUAUUUACAGUAUAAAUCUAUAUGCCAAGAGCUCCCCCUAGUGGUGGCUGCAGAAUGUUAGUUAAACCAAGAAGGUCCUAUAGAUAUAAUAUGAACGAUGCACCUCUGGGUGGACAGGGUGUAACUAUCAUGUGCCGCGGUGUCCCCUAGGCAUCAGUGCUCAUGUGUGACGACUGCCUCUGCACUCCUCUAUGUAAUGUGGGGGACUUCAAGGGGCUUAUUGAUUUUAGUGAUAGGACCCUGUAAUUUGUGUGAUUGGGGACAACCCUCUUUGUGUAUAUGAGUAAAUAACACUGUCACCCCUGUAAUAUUCAGAGCCGUUACUGUAUAUUAAAUGUAUAUAUUGUA